CGGCGCGCCACGAGCCCGCACUCCCCAGCCAUGUCGCGCGGCCUCCAGCUCCUGCUCCUGAGCUGCGCCUGCAGCCUGGCGCCAGCAGCGCGGGAAGUGAACGUGGCUUGUUCAGAGACUGUGGAUUUGCCUUGCACCGCCCCCCGGGACCUGCGGGUCCCCUACACCGUCUCCUGGGCCAAGCUUACAGAGAACGGUGAGGAGAAGAUAGAAGUGCUCCAGGAAGCUCUGCAGAACUAUCACCAGAUGGAGCAGAAGGCCCCUCUAGAGCCCCCCAGUGAAGGGCUGUAUUCCCUGAAGAUCCGAAACACUACCAGCUGCAGCUCGGGCACAUACAAAUGCACCCUGGAGGGGCCUGGAGGGCAGAGAAACCAAAGUGGCAUAGUGAUCCUGAGAGUGACAGGAUGCCAUAAGGACCACAAAGAAGUGACUUUUAAGAAAUACAGAGCUGAGAUUGUACUGCUGUUGGCUUUGGUGGUUUUCUACUUAGCACUCAUCAUUUUCACUUGUAAGUUUGCCAAACAACAGAGUAUUUUUCCAGAGUUUUCUAAGCCUGGCAUGGAACAAGCUUUUCUCCCAGUUACCUUCCGAAACAAGCCUGUGGAGCUGGUGACUGUUCCUAAGACAGAACUGGUAUGAGCAGCAUUUCUGCAGGUCGUUUCUCCUAAAGCCAAAGGCUCCGUGGUGUGCCCAGGUGUCACACAGGACAAAGAAGAAUGCACCCCACACCAAAGGUGGCAGCCUUCCUGGGAAGUCCUUCACCUGACUGAACCCUCCGAAAGGGGGUCCUGCCGCACUUCCCGUGAACAGGAUUUUGAAAACCAUCUCAUGACCUCAUAGCUUGGGCCGCCUGAAGGGUGCACUCUAGUGCUACUACUUCAUAGCUACCGUCUCAGUGCUCUAUUCAGCUAUCUGGUCAACCUCCUCGAAAUUUCUUCAGUCACAUAAAAGCUACGAUGAGAGGCAGUUGGAAAAGGGUCUUGGGAAAUAUGACUCUCCAGAGCUGGCCCUGUGACAGACUCUUGAGGACAGCUGCACAUCUGGGAAACAUCUCUUUGAAUUUGCUGUGUUUUUUUGUGCUGGCCCAGAUGUUUUAUAUCUGGGAGAAAUGGAUAGGCCACAUUGUGAGACAGUGGGGAAUAUUUAGCAAAUAAUUUCCUGGUGUGAAGGCCCUGCUACUACUAAGGGGUAUUAUGUGUACAUAGAAAUAUCAGGUCAAUGAGCUAGUCCCCAACAGGGCCUUUUAUCUUGGAAAGACAUCUAUAAAGAAGCAAUCAAGAAGAAUGCCACCUUUAUUUUUGUAUCUCUAUAUAUGCUUGUCAAAGAAGGACUUGUGUUUUCUCUCCUUUUGCAAUCUAUAUCUACAGUGAGAUAUCAUUGCUAACUGACAAGCAGCCUGAGCUGUGGGGAGCAAGAAGACGUCAGAGGGGGUGACAAUGGGCCAGAGACCUGUUUAGUGACCCGGUGGAAAUGCUGGACCAAUCAUCUAGUCUGGGUUCCAGCCCCAGUUGUCCCACUACCUGUAUGAUCUUGGGCAAGAUCCUGUGGUUUCUACUGUCUAAGUUGUAAGCCAAAUAUUGCUGUAUGAGUUGAUUGAAAUAAUGUAUGUGAAAAUGCUCUAAAAAGUAUAAAGCACUAUAUAAUUUUGAAGCCC